AUGUUGCCUUCAUCGGUGCGCCGUAUCGUCACCUCGGCCGUCUCCUCUACCCCUCAGACCGGCCUCGUGUCUUCCAUCGCCCCAACCACUAUAAAGAGCACUCCUAUCUUGAUUCAAAAUCAGCAGCGCCGAUACUCCUCCUCGAAACCCUCCAAAUCCGAUAAUGGUUCCAACGAGAUCUCCGCCGGUCAGUCGGUUCCCGCCACCACAACGCCCAAGUCUGGCAGCGAGAAGCGAAAGCGCAAGAGCAGCAAGGAUGCAUCCGAUCGAGCGGCCUCUAUGAAGAAGCUACCCAGCGUUCCCAACACGCAUCACAUGUCACAAGAAGCCCUUGGUCUAUCAAGUUUCUUCUCGCUACACAGACCUAUCUCUGUUACUCAAACCAUGCCCCGAGCCGUGUCCGAUGAGCACUUUGCCUCCAUCUUCGCCGCACGAACCAGGAACAACAAGAUGGCCGACACCGAUGCGACUCUCUCCAACACUAUCGAGCAACUGGAGGGCCCCAUGGCUCAGAUGACUAUUGGUGGCCAAGAGGGACAGGAAGUUAUGCAUAAGGUGGAUAUCAAGAACCCCGACGGUACAGAGUCCAGCAUGUACCUCCAGAUCGAUGCUAUGUCCGGCGAAUUCCUCCCUUUCCGACCCCCUCCUCUGCCUCAAGUCCAGGCUGCUGGCGAGUCAGAAAGUGCUAUUGCCGAAGCCGAGGCCGUGGAGGAUGUCCCCCAACACCGCGUCUACAAGGCCCUCUUUACCAUUGAGGAGUCUACCGACCCCGAUGGUCAGAUCCGUAUCAUGGCCCACAGCCCCCGAAUCAUGCAGGAUCAACCGCGAAGCUUUCUUGAGCGCCUGGCCCUCCGUCAACUCAAGUUUGACGAGGCCCAGGGUCGCCGUGAUAUGCAUGCCAUCAGUGUGAAGCGACAAAGAAAGCUCAAGAUGAAGAAGAAGAAGUACAAGAAGUUGAUGAAGAGGACGCGAGUCCUGCGCCGCAAGUUGGAUCGAACUUAG